UCGGUUGAUUUUUUAUUUGCUGGAACAGCAACGUCUAGAGAACAAAACAUGCAAAAAAAGUUUAAAUUUGACGUUCGGUUUAUUGAAACAAUAUUCAGAUACGGAGCAACCCAUGUCGCAAUUUUUUCCGUAAUACAAAUAGUUACUGCUGGUGAACAGUACCGACCGGUUGAAUGAUUGGCAGAUCGUUGGUAUUUUUUUGAACUGCUUUUCUGACUUGUUCAUGUAAGAACAAGUCAGAAAAGCAGUUUAAAUGAUAUAAUAUUUUUUAUUAAAUUUCUACGAUCUUGUACUUGAAAAAACUGGUCGCACAAUAAACGAACAGGCCGAACGAUCGAAAAAAAAGAAAAAAGUAUAGUGCUGACAAUGAGUCGAACCUGGGUUGCGGUCGUAGUAGGUUGUGAAUUUAACCGAAAAAUCAAGAUUUACCGUCGGUUCUCGUCGAUCCUUACGCUUAUCUAAACAUGGAUUCGACUAUGCUAGUAGAUGAAUUAGUCAGUUAUUAGGCCAAGAACACUAGACGCAGAUGAGGUUCUGACGUUGGAAAUCUGUAAAUUUUUAGAAGAGAAAACAUUUGUAACAAAUCAAUAAAAUAAAAACUUUGUUUGAAGAAAUAUGAACGUAUUAGAGCAAAUAAAUCAGAACAUAGAAGAAUUUGAACGAGGAUGACGAAGAUAAUAGAGAGGCUUGUAGAUAGCAGGUUGUGUGAUCUUUUUUUAUAAAAAGCAAAGUAAUAUUUUUAAACUCACAUGUAGAUUCUCGGUCUCUAAUCCUCCCGCAUACACACACUAUCGCCAUAAGUCUGUUUUCAUGUAAUGUGAAAAAAUUCUAUCUGUGUUGGUAAGCGACCUGGCGUUGCUGCGUUCAGAGAGUCGGCUAAUGUCUCUAAUAUAAACGUAUAUGCUGCUAUGAAACGAAGUAAGUUCAUCUUAUUCAUUAGAUAUUGCACACUAUUAGUAAUUAUCAACCGCUAUGAUUUAUACUAAUGAAAAAAAUUUUUACGAUGAUGAUAACGCGAUCUUGAACAGAAAAUGUUAAGUAACGCCAUUGGUAUAGAAACCAACGAAUCGUUAGUUAAGUAGAGUAAAUGAGACCUAAUAAUAUUAUUUAAUUCGUUCAUCAGGCUUGUCUCUUUCUGAGAUUUUUUUCUUUUGAGGAAGUUGUUUCAAUGUUAUUCUUUAUAUUUUGUAUAAGGUACAAAUCCUGUUGAAUACUAACAAAAGUACUGAGAUUAGUCUUCUAGCUCCUUUAGGUUGUCAUUUCUUCUAGUCGACGUUCCGUUCUUUGUACAUCAUAGUCGGUCGUUAAAUCGCUAAAAUUGCAUACGUGGCAUAACUAAAUCUACUUUUUACUUCAUAUUCCUAAAAUCUCUCGUAUGAAAUCGGUCAGUAUUUACUGUAAAUGAUUUCGAAUAAAAAAAAGUGAUCACAUCAUGUAUGUAUACCUGAUCAUAUUUAUUUAAUAGAAAAAACAUGUUUCAUAAUAAUAUUAAUAAUAUUAGUUGAAUCUAUUCGAAGACUGUAUUUUUAAAUAUUUAUCAUUAUUUCAGAUCCGUUCCGUAUUCUAGCCUGUAUUUAAUCAAAAAUGGUUUUAGACAAUUUAUCCGUAAGUAUUUUAUUAUUCAUUUAAAAUGCAAUAUUGAUUAAUAGAAGAUAUGUUUUUUCAUCUAGGCACCAUCUUUAUAUGUCAUUAAAGGUUAACAAAGAAUACUUUUAUGAUAUUCUCGUGAUUGAUUAUUUCAUUUGUCUUUAGGUAUUAUAAUAUUGGAUAAUGAUGGAAAUCGUAUAAUGGCAAAAUAUUACAAUCAGUUAUUUUCAACUGUGAAAGAACAAAAAGAAUUUGAAAAGAGUUUAUUUAAUAAAACUCACAAAGGUUCUGGUGAUGUUAUAUUGCUUGAUAAUAUGACAAUUGUUUACAGAAACAAUGUUGACCUAUUAUUUUAUGUUAUGGGCAGUACAAAUGAAAAUGAAUUAAUGCUUAGUGCUGUUUUAUCUUGUUUAUUUGAAUCAUUAAGCACAAUGUUAAGAAAAAAUGUUGAAAAACGUCAUGUUUAUGAUAAUUUAGAUCUAGUGAUGUUAACAAUUGAUGAAAUAUGCGACGAAGGUAUUAUAUUAGAAGCUGAUCCAAUAAUGAUUAUACAACGUGUACAACUCCGUCAAGAUGAUAUUCCGUUGGGUGAACAAACAGUAGCACAGACUUUAUCAACAUUAUCAGCAUUUCAUCCUGUAUUCAUUGUACGUGACGAAUCAUUAGUGAGAGUAUUUCUGCUUCUUGGAUUAUGUAAUAAUUUUGGAUAUGUUGUAAUGUUAAGUGCUGCUCACGAUAUAUUGAGGUCGCAUAAUCAUAAUGGUACUAAUCAUAAUAGCACUGACCCAACACCAACUACAAAUAUCACGAAUCGAUUUGAUUGUAAUAAACUUUCAACGGGACAUACAGUUUCUGCUUGGUCAUCAGGAACGGGGGCUGCCGGAUUAUUAGGCUCAUUAUCCUACGCUGGAAUGACAACCCUUUUACAUAUAUCUCCCCAAACGACUAUGCUUAUUCUAUUAUUUAUACCAGUUCUUGAAGUAAUUAGUUAUUUUAUGAUUGGGGCUAGUUCAGCUGCUGCAAAACAUAGCCAUUACGAAGCAGUUAUUGGUAAAAGUAAGCAACAAACGAAUAGUGAACAAGGCAGCGAGGGAGAAGAAGAAGAAGAUGAAACAAAAAUAGUUACACCGUUAAGUCCACGUAGAAAAUUAGAUUUAAUAAAACCUUUAUUAAAAUAUAUGAUACCACUGACAUUAGUUUAUUUUGCAGAAUAUUUAAUAAAUCAGGGAUUAUAUGAAUUAAUAUUUUUUCGAAAUGUAUACAUAGGUAAAGAACUAGUAAAGCAUGACGAACAAUAUCGUUGGUUUUCUGUUGAUUAUCAAUUGGGUGUGUUUAUAUCUCGAUCAUCUGUUUCUUUAUUCAGAGUGAAAUAUUUAUUUAUUCUUCCUAUUAUCCAGUUUAUCAAUCUUAUUCUAUUUUUCCUUUGUGUAUUUCGAACAGCACACAUACCGAGUAUAUGGCUCGUAUUUGCACUUGUUUUGUGGGAAGGUUUAAUUGGUGGUUGUGCUUAUGUCAACACGUUUUAUAAAAUAACAAACGAGAUUCCUGAACGUGAUAGAGAAUUUUCGAUGGGUGUCGCAUCGAUUGGUGAUUCUGUGGGUAUUACUAUAGCUGGAUUUUCAGCAAUUCCAUUACACAAUAGAAUUUGCUCAUCUGGUUAA